CACCUCAGCCGGGUCAGCGCUGUCCCCGGGGCUGCCAUGGCCCUCGGCAGUGGGCGCUUUGGUCCCUUGCUAGAGAAAACUCUUAAAAUCACCUUAAAGUGUGGCGUUUUCCAGGGGGUGCUGCAUCACGUCAACCCCGACCGGAUCUCCUCCCUCAUUUCAGUGAAGAACUUGGAAACUGGCAGAAGCACUCCAGGAGUAAAGCUAUUUUUUGACCACGAAAUAGUCAAUGUGGAAUUGCUGGAUGAACCAGAUUCAGGGAGGGGAACAUCUAUGCUCUCUGAGUGCACUUCAGCUAUUGAAGGGAACAAACAAGCAGACACGGGACCAGAAGAAUGUGGCCCCUGCAGUUCUCCUUGCAUAUCCCUAGAGAGCCAGCUCAGAUCCUCAGACACCUUAAAAUAUUCCCUCUCAGAGGAGAAGGAAGAAGAGGAUGUGCAGUACACAAUUGUUGAUAGUUUCCAGCAGAAAUUUGACCCAGCAGUGCUGCACCUAAAACAGCAGCAUGUUGUCAGUAUAGCAGGAGAAGGUGUUAAUUUGUGUCGUCAUGGAAAACUCUCCUGGCUUGAGAUAGCAACAGAGUGCCAUAUUUUUCUAUUUGAUAUCUUCCUUCUGGGACCUCAGGCUUUCAAAAAUGGAUUACAAAUGGUGCUGCAAGAUAAAAACAUUGUGAAGGUCAUGCAUGACUGCCGCUGGAUCUCAGACUGCCUCUUUCACCAGUACGGUGUCCUUCUCUCCCAUGUCUUCGAUACACAGGUUGCUGAUGCUCUGCAGUUCUCAAUGGCAACAGGUGGCUUCCUUCCGCACCGUGUCUGCACGUUACAGGAGUGUUUGAUGCAGCACUUGAAGAUACCUUCCAAACGGGAUGUCAUCAUGAAGCACGGGCAGCAGAUGGCCUCAGAGAAUCCUGACAUAUGGUUCUUGAGACCCUUUCCAGCUUCUCUGCUGAAAGCCCUUGCUCUGAAGGCUAUGUAUCUUCUGCUGCUCCGCCCACCUCUAAUGGAUAAAUUGAUGUCUGACCUAACAGCUGUAGUAACUGAUUAUUUAAAUGCUUAUCAGACUAGGUCUGGAGAUCACCUUGAGAGCAUAAAGCCCACUUGCAUGGAGCUGCCACAGGAGCUGCGUCAGCUGGCAGACAUCCAGAAGCUGCGAAGGGAGAAAGCAAUCAAAGACUACAGAAUGAAUGAGGAUGGUCUUCUGAUAAGACCAGCCGUGGAAUUAAAAGAGAGAAACGAUCCAUGGAAGGAUAAAAACUACAGAGAUGACAGGGACUGCCUUCCCACAAAUAAAGCAGUGUCUCAAAUGACAGCCUUCUACGAUCGGGAUGUAGUUCAUCAAGAAAAGUCUGAAAAUCAAAACCAAGUGCUGAAUCUGUGGAAGAAUCUUAUACCAACCUCAGGCGGGCUGUAAAAAUCUAAUAUCUGAUACAGAUGACUCAAUAAGCUCAUACUGGGUAUCCAAAUGAAAAAAGGGGCUGUUGCCCCUGCAGAAGUGUCAGACAAAAGCUCCUUUCUUUACAAUAACAGGUAAACUCAUUGUUGAAUGGAAAUAAUGAUGGGUUUUCUUUAGAAGGAAGUUCCUUCUGUGUCUGACUGUUCUUCUUGAGGUCUAUUUUUGAGAUCCAUGUUUUUCAAAAGCUAUUUUUAAUUUUAAAACAGUGACUGUUGUUCUUGCAUCGUUAUCAGACCAAUGUCUUAAAUUGUAUUGGUUCUUUUGUUACCUGUUGCAGAUACGCAAAACUCUUAUUCAAUAUGUGAACAGGGGAGCUUAUAAAAUGCCUGUUCAUUGAGAUUAGAAGGGGUUUGCUUGGAAAAAUUAAUAGACCUGGCUAACCUGUAUGGGCUUGGUUUAUAUACAGAUAAGUCUCUUGGCAUAGCUAUAUAAGUCUUUCAUAGGACAGUGAAAAGAUCACACCCUAAUGAACCACUAUGCUGGCAAAAACAGCAAAGCAGUGUGCUAAUAAAAAGGACUUUUCUGCCAAGUCAGAGUUACUUUAGGCUGAGAAAAGAAGCUUCCCGCUGAAAGUUGUUUGCUGCUGUUUGUCAGCACUGCUGUUUCAAAUUCGGGUAGAUAAGGCUGUAACACUGAUGUUGUGUGUAUAUAGGCAAGCAUGUAUAAAUGGGGG